AUAAAAGCCAAUUCAGCGCGCGCAUGGUAGUUCAAUUAGCUAAAGAUGAUCAGAGAAAUACAGCAGGCGCUGAGGUUGAUCAUGCUAUUGGAAAAACAGAGACGGCAUCCUGGUUUAAACAAUGCGCGAGGGCUUCUGGUACUUCUGUGGACGGACACGGGAGCAAGUAUGAACUGCACUGUUGCAGCUGCUGGUCCCUGGUGCACAGGGAUUGAAAUGAAAGCACUCCAACCUGCCCUCACAGAUUUGAAGGAGAGCAUGUUUGCCUGUACGUGGUCGUGUCCUCAGCCGGAUCCCGAGGAACUGUGUGCCUUCACCGACACGUAUGGUUCUCUCAGAUUGCUCCUGUCUUUUCAGAUGAAAGAGGCAAGACUGUUAAUUCCAGAGUGGUGCGCUCGCAUAGAGGUGUUCCUACACUCGUUCAGCUCGGCUAACGCAAGGAUCAAAAUCCACUUUAAAUUCAAAUUCAGUCAGCAGAGCGUCCAGCGAGACUUUAGAGUGAAUAUUGUGAGAAAAGUUGCCUGUGCGAACCGACCAUCACUGAUCUUGGAUGUCACAUGUAAAACACAGCCUCCAGAGUGCAUGAAGAAAGGAUGCUGGUGUCAUGGAGGACACCCGGUCCUGGGAGGCAGGUUGCCGCUCAGUAUCCCACCUGAAGCCAUGGACCACGGCCUGUUUGGGGAGCUCAGCGUCCAGCCGGUCACUCUCCUGAGCCCUUGUGUGCUUCAGUACCCCAAUCUGGCAAUACAACUCACUGACAUACAAGUGUUGGUAUGCGGCCCCAGUAAUGUUCCAUUCACAGGCCCUUCCACCCUCCUCCAGAACCUCCCUGCUCAUCUGGACUGUCAGGAACUGGGCCUGCAUGGCCUUCACUGCUCCUCCUCCAAAGAUCCAGUGCACAGGGGUGGCACUGUGUACACCGUAGAGCAAGAAAACUGUGAGGAUCCAGAGCAAGAAUCAGGUCUUCCCCCAAUGCAGCAGAGUCUCCUGCUUUACCUCUUCCUGCAGCACAGUGACCCCUUCACCUACCAGCUCUCUGAUAUGAUGGCCACAGAGGUGCUGAUAGAGCACCACCUGGAGGAUAUUCUGAACAACAACAGGCAGGCAGUCACAACAGCCCUGCAGACCGAGCUGAGGAACGCACUGAAACCCCAAAAUCACAGGAAAAAGGAUCAAGAGAAGCUGCGUUCAGCUGCUGAGGUGAUUCUCAGUUCAGCCGUCAGUAUUGUGAGCUGCAGCAGUAACAUGGACUUCAGAAACGCUUGUCUGAACAGAAUGAAGGUGCAUGACACUCACGAAUUGUCAGCCUCCCUCUGUGAAUCACUGAGGAGGGUGACAUCAUGGAAAUUCACUCCCAGGAGCGGCUGCUAUUCAGCUCAGAUGGAAGAACAUCCUGACAGUGAUGAGCCCACCAGAACAGAAAUCUGAGAAAUCUAUUGUUUGUUCUGGCUGAAGGCUGUGGAAGCAGUUUUCACUGAAAUUAAUAUCUUUAGCAAUUAAAUGUGUGCUAGUAGUGAGUGUCGUAAAUGUGGUGGUGAAAAAAAAUAGCUAUUUAACAUCUAAUUAGAAAACAAAAUGCAUUAUUAUAGUUUGUAUCACCAGAUGUUCUUUUUAAACACAGUUCCUAAAGAGAUUUACAUUGAACUGAAUUUCUGAUCUGAGAUAACCCUGAGAUGCUUUUUUUUUUAAUAUGAUUUUGUACCCCUAAUUAAACAUAAAGUACAAUAACAUAAACAU